UUCCUGCGUGUCACAUUCCGCCCUUUCCUUGUCAGAGCCUGCCGCUGGACAGAAAAUCAGAAGAUUCACGGAAGCUUUGUCACCAUUCUUUAGCACUGUAACGAAAUGGCCUCUGGUGUAGCAGUCCAAGAUGAGUGCCUCAGGGUGUAUGAGGAUAUCAAGCUGCGUAGAAGGUAUAAAUAUGUAGUCUACCGCAUGAGCGAGGAUGACAAAGUGAUCAUUGUUGACCAGCUUGGCGAGCCAGGUGCGACAUACGAGGAAUUUGUGGGUCACUUGAAAGAAGCAGAGGUCGUCCAUGACUGCCGAUAUGGCGUUUUCGAUUUUGACUACUUGAUUGAGAGGACUGGUGGUACUAGCCUAACACAAAACAAACUCUUGUUUUUCAUAUGGUGUCCAGACUCUGCAAAGAUCAAGAGGAAGAUGUUGUAUACUAGCAGUAAAAGUGCUAUCAGGAAGAAACUGCAGGGUAUCCAUGCAGAGAUCCAGUGCACUGACCAGAGUGAGGUGGGGCACGACUACGUGCUGGAAAAGGUGCGGGACAGGGAAAGGAAUUAAGCACAGCUCAACUUGCUGCCAACCAGUGGGCAUUCGUGCUCGUACAACAGUGAUAACUUAUUGCAACACUUGUCCGUGCCAGCCACAAAGCCGGAGAGAGGUGUAUUCAUGACAAAUCGGAACAAAAUUUCCCGCAUGAGGUUGGUGUGCGCUGCUUCAUGAAAAGAGAAGAUGUGUCGACGGUCGGUUAUUACUGAUGUAAUGUUAUUUUGUACUUCCUAGCUAGACUGAUUUUGUAGGCGUUGAUGAAAUCAAUGGUUGAUAUGUGUACGAACUUGGUAUCCACCCCAAAAGGAAUCAUUAUGGUGAGCUUUCUAAUUCUCUACAAUGAUGUUGUUGCUGAGCAGUAAAUGAGCGAGAGAUGCAAGCAUGCUAUCUUUACUCUUUAUUGCAUACAGAUGCAACCCUAUGCGAAAAACUCAUUGCCUAGAUAACGACGUAACUCCCCAUCAAGAAAGGUAAACUUCUGACCUUAGCCCAAUGCUACCCGGCUCGUGAGAAUGGAUAGUAUGUAUUUCAGAAUCAACUGAUUGCUUCGGUUUCUUCAAUACGUGUACAUCAAUCAUUAGUUCAUCUACUUCAUAGAAUCUGUCUACUUUCCAACCUCUUUACUUGUCUUUUAGUAUAUUGAUAUGAAAUAAUGUUAAUAUUAAUUAUCGGUCAAUGACAGUGAAUCGUCUAGUGCAAACUGAUUGUCAGAGCAGGGCGAACAUUUUAGUUUUUGAAUUGGCUGUUAUUUUGCCAGAAUGCCGACAAAAAAACAUUGGAAACUGCUUUGGGACAAAAUUAUAUAAACAAAAACGUUUUGCAACAUAUUGAUUAUGUAGAUUGGGGGAGCAGGAGAUUUUAUCAAUAGUCGUAAUGUGUCACAGUGCCGAGUUUAGUGUAAAGCUUGCAAUGACAGGAACAGUUGUGCGGGCUACGUAUAUGAAUUGCAGGACGCUAGUGGCAUGAAGAGCGAAUAUCUCGACUCGUUGGCUUGUUAGUUCGUUUCUGAUCAGUUGCUGCAAUUGUAAGUGUACAGUAAUUGUCACAGAGUCGUGUGUUUUGUAAAUUCUCCUACCUGAUCAUUUAGUGUUUAUUCUGUUGGUGCUGUUGUCUCAGCAGGCAGGCAUCUUCACUCUCGUUCGUCACGCGCACGACUUCCUUGCUUGAUUCUACAUGUUAUGCAGUAUCAUAGAACUGAUGUAAACAAAUUUCAACUAAAAAUAAUACAGAGACAACUUUGUAUUUAAGAACGGAGGACUUUUGUAUUUGCUAUCUUAUGAUUCUCGCUUAACAUAUCAAUUAGUUUGGAUUAUAACAGUCGUGUAUAUGAAAUUGUGGUAUCUAUGAUUUUGUUCAUGUUUGUGAGCUAAUGAUAUGUUACACGUAUAAAUCCUUGCCUACACCACACUGAUAAAAGUUGCAGAGAGUACUUCUAAGACAACUUAUUUUAAGAGACUUUACAAUGUAAUGGAACUUUACAUUUGCCUGUACCAGACACUUUUAUAUGAAGUAGAGUGCAUACUAAUAACAUGCUCAAUUUA